AUGGCCACGGCUCCAUGGCGCCUUGUCCUGCUGUUGCUACCCCUAGCGAUCUCUUUCUCUCCGGUGCUGGUGCACGUUGCAGUAGCAGAGGGCCAGACCAACCGGCCGUUGAAUCCUUACUGCUCGACCACGGGCAACUACACGGACGACAGUCAGUACCGGCGGAACCUCCUCGCCCUCUUCGGCGACCUCCCUUCCAAGGCCAUCAGCAACCGUGGCUUCUACAACGCCUCCGUCGGCGAAGCGCCCGACGAGGUCUUCGGCCUCCUCGGGUGCUACGCCGACCGCAACUUGACCCUAUGCCGCGACUGCCUCUAUGCCGCGGCCGCCGGGAUUCAGACCUCCUGCCCCUCUAGCCGGGAGAUGAAGGGCGCCCUCGACGCCUGCGUCCUCCGCUACUCCAACGUCUCCUUCGUCUCCGGGGCCGCCGACCUCACCGUCGCCUUCUUUAGUAUGGAUUUCUCCUACGUGGAGGACCCGGCUGGCAUGAACGACACCAGGUGGAGACUGCUCUUUGACCAUCUGGCGCCGAGGGCCGCCACGUCGGAGCUGCGGUUCGCCAACGGGACCGUGCCGUACGCCAAGACCACCAUGUAUGGGCUAGCGCAGUGCACCAGGGACCUCAACGCCAGCGAGUGCUACAGAUGUCUUGCCAAGUUUGUGGCCGACCUCUCGAUUAACCUCCCCAACUAUACCCAUGGUGGCAUCAAGGGCUACAGCUGCUAUGCGAUUUACAACAUCGGCGCGAGCCUCGACGUCACCGUUCUACCGCUGCUUUCACCGCCGCCGCCGCCGCCUCCAUCGUCGAAUCUAAUUCCACCACGAGAAAGAGCAGGACCUCCACCUCUGCCUGGCUCAAAGGGCAGAAAAAAAAACCUGACCGCAGUGUUUGUGGGUGCGGCUUUUGGUUUUCUCUUGUUGGUGAUUGGCAUGAUCAUCUUGUUGUGGCUAUUCUUGCGCCGGCGGAGGAAAAGGAUUAAUGAGAUGCUAGAAGAUGAUGAAGAAGAAGAAGCAUGCUUGUUCGACAGUGAUGAUGCGACAAUGGAAGAUGACUUCAAGAAAGGGACCUGGCCUAGGCGAUUCCGGUACAACCAACUGGAACUUGCCACUCACAACUUCUCUGACAAGAACAAGCUUGGGGAAGGUGGGUUUGGUUCGGUGUACAGAGGUUUUUUCGAGGACGUGAACCUUGAAGUGGCUAUCAAGAGAGUGUCCAAGGGCUCCAAACAGGGAAGGAAAGAGUACAUCUCGGAGGUAAAGAUCAUAAGCCGCCUGAGGCACCGGAACCUCGUGCAGCUCAUCGGCUGGUGCCAUGGUGGCGGCGAGCUCUUGCUUGUCUACGAUCUUAUGCCCAACGGCAGCCUCGACACUCAUCUUUACGGUUCAAACAACACCUUAUCAUGGCCACUCAGGCAUGAGAUUGUGAUCGGUUUAGGGUCUGCACUUGUCUACCUACAUCACGAGUGGGAGCAAUGUGUUUUGCACCGGGACAUCAAGCCAAGCAACAUAAUGCUUGAUGUGUCCUUUGGAGCUAAGCUUGGCGAUUUUGGGCUCGCGAGACUUGUCGACCACGAGCGAGGACCAUAUACAACAGGCAUUGCGGGAACUAUGGGCUACCUAGAUCCUGAGUGCGUGGUCACUGGGAGAACCAGCACUGAGUCUGAUGUCUAUAGUUUCGGCAUCGUCCUUCUCAACAUUGCUUGUGGCAGACGGCCAGCUGUGCUUCUGGAACAAGACAAGGUAGUUAUCCCGCUUGUCCAAUGGGUCUGGGAUUUAUGGGGAAGUGGCAAGACUCUAGAUGUGGUCGAUGCUCGACUCGACAUGGAGUUCAACGACCAUGAGAUGGAGCGUGUCAUAGUCGUGGGGCUUUGGUGCGUGCACCCCGACCGCAGCCAAAGGCCGUCGAUCAAGCAGGCGCUCAACGUGUUGCGGUCUGAGGCGCCAUUGCCAAGCCUUCCAGCAAAGAUGCCUGUUGCUAAUUUUAAGCCGGCAUUGGAUUCUUUUGUUUCUGCCUCCCACUUGACAGGCGGCAGAUGAUAUACGUUGACAAGAGAAUUCUUAAUUAAGAAGUUAAUUAGUAGGAAUCUUGGGGGAGUCUAAUUAAUGGUUUUUCUUAAAACUAUUGGUAACGAUUCAAAC